CAGCUGAGUAGGAAGUCGAGUAUUAUUUCAUCGGGACAUGUGAGGGAGGAUGAUCGCACAGCUCCGGGCUCAGUGUGAUGAAGAUGAAGAUGCAGCGCUGAGGCGGGUGAAGCCACAAAUAGUGCCGAUCAGAUGACAUCACGGCCACCUGACGGGAAGAAAAAGAACAUGAAUAAAUAAAGUGGACUUCACAUCCUUCAGACUUUGUCUUCAGCACCUGAAUAUUUCAGUCUGAGCAGAGGUUUUUUUUUGUUUUCAUUCACCCAAACUGUGUAUCUGGCAGGGUCACAGAGUUUGCCACCCAAAUUGGCUCGACCCAGGGAGUCCCGGUUCUGCUGCUGGCCUUGUUCAGCUCUGGAAUAAAGCAGCUGAAAUCUUCCCCUGGGAGAUAUUUCACUCUCAGGCACAGCAUUGUGAAAGAAGACUGUGACCCUGGAAGAAGGCUGUGUCCCGAGGGAUCGAGUGAGAAGUUGCUUCAGUCAGCACUUUGUGAGGCCUGCUGGCUGCUUGGAUCUUCCUGUUUUGUGGACGCACUGUAAGACUUGUAUGUGACAGGCUGACAGCUCCUCUUUCAUGGACAUGUGGAUGCUAACAGGGAUUUUGUGCGCAUUUUGGAGGAACAUUUAGCUGUGAGACUUCUAGCUAUCUCAGGGGAAGGCCCAGCCAUGGAGGGUCUUGCACAGCUUGACAUGGUGGGCGAUAUCAGCCCGGCUCUCGAGGCCACGGAGGACUUUAUCAACUGCAUGGAUGGAAUACAAGGCCAAGGCCCUAGCCAAGCUCAAACAGGGAACCUCCAGCCCUCCAGGCCGCCAAAGCAGCUGCAGGAGGUGUCUAAUGCUGCGCUGGGGAAGCUGAGCUCUAGCGGCGUGUGGGGUCUUCUGGCUGGAGAGCAGCCGGAGGUGGGGCCCCUCGGUCUGGCCUGGGCCGACAACUUCAGCGUUCUGGGGCUGGGGAUGGGUUUAAGGCACGGGAAGAGAAGCAGAGCGAGGUCCACCAAUGACCUGGCAGCUCACUCCAAGGAGUGCACCAACAACGCCGCCAACUCCUCGUCCAAGUCUGCCUUCAAGAAGGGACACAACCGGUCCAGGUCGGAUGUUAACUACAGGCCGUCUGCGUACACGGACAACGGGCUGCCCACUUUGGACUGCAACACUCUGAAGAACAUGAUCCUCAACCAGCAGGAGGCUGAUAAAAGCAGCAGCAGCAGCUCUGUGGUGAAGCACGGUGCGAUGGAGCAGCGUGAGGGACCCCGGGGCCGUUGGACAGCCUGCCACGUCGAGCUGACACCCUGCGAGCUCCGGCUCUACACUCUGGACAGCAGCGCCAACCGCCAGCUGGGGACCGCCUACUCUCUCUCACACUGCCAGAGCGUCAUCUCGCCGGCUCCUUGCAGCCAGCCGGGCCAGAUCACCCAGCCUGCCGAUCAACGCACGCUGCAGGCUUUGUUCUUCAACAGCACACGUCUACAGCUGAGGGCGGCCAGCCAAUGGGAGGCGAUGGAGUGGAGGCGGUUGAUGUGGGAGAAAGUGCAGGCCGUCAGACCGGUGAGGCAGGAUCACCGCCAGCGGAAGAGUGGAUCAGAACACCAGGUUGUAAAGUUUCCUGCGCCCAUGUCACCCUCUUCGUCGCCCUCUCCCUCAGGGCUGGAUACCCGGCCUGAUGGAGAAAGUGACAUCCCCACCUCUGCAGAAGCAUCACACUCUCAGCAGUCUAUUCCUUGUGUCCUGAGCAGACCCACCACCCUUCCCUUGUUCACCCAACGCUGCCAGGACAUCCUCAAAGCUGGCCUGCUCCAUCAGCUGGUGGAUCAGAACAACUGGAGAGCCUUCACCUUCGUCUUGACCAGAUCGGCACUCCGGGCGUUCGCCACAGAGGGUCGUGGAUCUGUCUCACAGCCUGUCCUCCAGUACUCUCUGUCCUCCUGCUCCGCCGUGCAGCACGAUCAGGAGCCGGAGAACGGAGAGCAAUGGACAGAAAGAGGGGACUGCUUCCAGGUAGUGUUCCCCAAAGAGGUGCUCCGACUUCGGGCGGACGAUCAGCUCAAAGCCCAGGAAUGGGUGGAGGUCCUGCAAGAGGCGGUCGGAGCACAGAGGCCCGCGCAAGAAGAGGAAGGAGGGUCAGGGGAAGGAGCUCCAAACCUCCAGGGGGUGCUGCUGAGAUCAAAACCAUCCAGGGAGAGGAGGCAGAGGGAGGCCCAGAGAGCCAAGAGGCAGUCGGUCACCACCAGCUUCCUCAGUAUCCUCACCUGCCUGGCUGUGGAGAAGGGGCUCACUGCUCAGAGCUUCAGAUGUGCAGGCUGUCAGCGUCCAGUCGGUCUCUCCAAAGGAAAGGCGAAGGUCUGCUACUAUAGCGGCUGGUACUACUGUCAGAGCUGCCAUCAGGACAACUCCUUCCUCAUCCCAGCACGCCUGCUGCACAACUGGGACACCAGCAAGCACAAGGUGUCCAAACAGGCCAAGGAGUUCCUGGAGUUUGUGUACGAGGAGCCCCUACUUGAUGUACAGCAGCUCAACCCGUGUCUGUACGAGCACUGCGAGGCUCUGAGCACGGUGCUGCGACUCCGGCAGCAGCUGCAGUCGCUGCGGGCCUACCUGUUCAGCUGCAGAGCGACAGUUGCAGAGGACCUCAGACGAAGGAUCUUCCCCCGGGAAUACCUGCUACAGCACAUCCACCUGUACUCCAUGGCUGACCUCCAGCAGGUGAUCGAUGGGAAACUGGCUCCUUUCCUCGCCAAAGUGAUCAAGUUUGCCAGCUCUCAUGUGUUCAGCUGCAGUUUGUGUAGAGAGAAAGGUUUCAUCUGCGAGCUCUGCCACAACGGACAGGUCAUCUACCCCUUCCAGGAGAGCGCCACCAAGAGAUGUGACGGCUGCGGCGCCGUGUUCCACACCGAGUGUCGACAGAAAGCUCAGCCGUGUCCUCGCUGCGUCCGCCGAGAACUCCACCACAAGAGGCCGUCCUCCUUCUGGUCACCUGACGACGACAGCCCCGGGUGCUUCCACCUGCCCUACCAAGACACCUGAGACAGACGUGCAAACACACACACACACACAGACACACACACACAAAUAUAAAGACGCUCUGAGAAUGAGAGCGCUGCCAGGCCAUGACUCCGGACAAAAGUGCCUGCUGUUCUGGUUUGUGUGUGUCUGCAGGACAAAUUCAGCGAGCAGAGGAUGAGCUCAUAGCGUCUGAUGCUUUGUCAGGUUUGUGUUUGUGUGGACUAAACAACCCCCCCCCCAACCCCCCCUUUGUGGUACUGUAAAGAGCAGGGAGAAAACCUACUGAGGAACUGCUGCAUCAGGCUUUACAGACUGAUCUUACGUGUAUUUUGUAGUCACACAUCUCACCUCUAAAUCAUCCACCUCCAUCUUCACCCUUUCACCACCUCACUAUCUACACUUACUGUUUAUUUCAGGGGUUGAAUCAACUAAAAACAUCAGAAUGGUGGUGGAAACAUCUUAGUAAUUAUCCUAACCAAUGUGCCACUCCGGCCUCAAAGUCACACUUGAUAACAAUCAGUCAUUGGAUGGAGAAUGGAUGAUGUUUUGGUGGUUUAUUCUCUGCGUACAACCUCUUUAUUUUGGGUUUGGAGUAUUGGUCAAACAAAAAAUAACUUAGAAUAUCUCUGGUGUGUCCGUAACAUGUGAUGGCUUUCUGUCUUUGUUCAUGGACUAUAUUUAGAGGAAAAAACAUCUUAAAUGACGCUUCAUGAAACUGUAGCCUUAAAGGGAGGCUGUGAAAAAGUUUGUGGUUUACUUCUUCACAGAGAAAAGCAGCUGUGUGGUUUCACUCGGGUACAUGUCAGAGAUAGAUUUGAGGUUAGGUUAUUUAAUUUGGCUGCAAAAAUGCAAAAAUGGGAAUUUAACAUGGGUGUGUGUGGGGCUUUCUUCAUUUUUGGAAGCAGCCUCAAGUGGACACUUGAGGAACUGCAGUUUAUGUUUUUAAGUUGUGUUUUUUGGGCAUUUUUGCCUUUAUGACAGGACAGCUGAAGACAG